UCUUAGUGCACGGAAUACGGAAGGGAUCCCGCUUCUGUAGUGUGGUGUUUUUUCAAGCAAAACCCAUAGUAUUUUAUUUCUUCCAAUCCCGAAAUUAUAGUUUUUAGAUACAUCGUGUCUUGUUUUGGAAAGGUUGGGGAUAAGUGCUUUUUGUGUUACAGAGGAGUCUUGUGAAAAGAACCCUUGGGAAUGAUGAGAUAGAAAUGUCAACAACCAUGACCACAAGAAUUAGCAGUACCAGUGGUGGCGGGAAUAUUCCCAACAUCAACAUGGAGAAGAGAACCGCUGCCGCUCGGGAUAUGCACGUCGCGACAACACCAGGCGCCAAAGUCAGUAAAUUGCGCCACCUUUUUGAAGCCCCAGCAGAUGUUAAACCAGCCUACAGGCCAAGGGUAAAUACUACAAAUGGUGUGUCUACUAGACCUGAGCCAACGGUAACAACUGCAGGCACCACUACAACACAGCAUUCCAGUAAACCCCGACCCGUAAGUCAGGAGCUAAACACCAAUGUCUUCGAGCAACAGGAGUCAGAUGAAGAGGUUAUUGAGGAUCCUGGUUCAGAUAAGAAGAUCAAUCCAAAGAUGCGAUUCAAGAAUGCUCGAUUGCUAUUUGAAAGCCACCAGGCAACAAGUCCUCCGACUGCAAGGAAGAACACAACAAAGCAGCCACUCAGUCCACCAACCAGUCCUCACCUCAACAAGAAACGUUACAGCCGCAAUACGUCUACUGACAGCACAGGCAGUUCUGUUGAAAAUGAGUCCCCAAAGAGAACUCUUGCUGUGCGGCCAUCUCCUGUGGAGGUAUCCGAGAAGCCAUCAAGACGAAUUGAUGCUAAGGUAUCAGAUAGUACUAGCAUGCGUAACACCAAUCCUGUUACCAAAGUCAUUCAGGAUGCCCCUCAACAGCAGAGAGCAUCAGAGAGGACCAAACCUUCACCCCCAACCUCACCAAAAAUGAAGUCUCAUGACCUGAAUACAAAACCACAGGUUGGUGUAGAAAAUGGAAGUUCCGAGAGAUAUAUAGAAGAUCGCAGAGAACCUGCAUCAGAACCUGCGGCAGUUCGCCGAGCUCAGAUGCGUUCUCGAUCGCCAGAGUAUGACAUAAGACGAAGAAGCCUAGAUGAUCCCAUGCCUUAUAUAGCUAGAGCACUAAGCCCAACGGACAUCCACCAUGUUCAGGCUCCCAAGACCAAGACACCUGUUUCUGCAUCAGCUCUUAUAGCCUUAAACCAACCAGAAAUUAAUUUACAUGAAAAACUUGGUCUCGAUCUAGAAGGUGGAGUAUACCUUGAAGACAGAAAGUCCCCUGUCUCACCAACUUCUCCUACUGCAAAGAAGCCUGUGGUACUUCGUUCCUCUGGCUCCCCCCGUAAACUCAGGUCAGGAAUUCGUCGUUAUUCUAGAGAAUAUGAAGAUGAAGACAGUGAAGAGAUGUCAUCGGAGUAUAGCACCCAAGCCUCUGCCUCUGACACCACCGUGGAAGAGCGUGAGAUCACCAUAUCAGCUUCUCAAGUCGAGGAGACCAAAGCGAGCCCAGCAUGGGAUUCGAGCAUUGCGUCUCCUCAGACUGGCUCUCCUCGUCGAGGCCUCUCUUCGGGGGAAUCUCAGGAUGAGAUCAGCCACCAGACUGACACUGAUGCAAACUCAGAUGCUUCUUCAACAUUCCUUUCGACAAGGGCAGUCCAGGAGCCAAGCCUUACCUCGUCAAGCUAUGCAACAACAGAGCAGAGCCCAACAGACCAAAGCAUUAUUGGCCAAAUCGGUGGCAGCAACCUGGAUAAGAUGGAGAUGGCGAUGCGGACCAAAGAAACAGUGAUUACAAAUGAUGAGGAGGAUGAGGACAGCGAGGAUCUGGAUCAAACGGAGGAAGACAUGAACACAGAUGCUCUUGAGCUACAGUUGAGCCUUGAGGCACAGGAAAUAUUGAAUCGGAAACCAAAGCAUACUUUCAUUGGGAUCAUGGAAUCGUCUUUGGAAGAUGACCUUGACAGUCCAACAGAGCCCGAGGAGAAGGUUGAUGAACAGGCUGCACAGACACAUUUUGCCGAAAUCUCUGCUCUCUCUGAAAGUGAUGAUGAUGAGGAAGGUGGUGACUGUAUUAGAAAACAACCUCGGAAGCUCAAGUUCAGCAGAGAAACCAUCAAGUUGAUGUCCCUCGCUGGCUUGUCGUUCGAGACUUUCAUAUCACACAGCUUGAUUACAGGAGCCAAGAGAGAACUGGCUAGAGGGUCAGAUGACACUUUCUUAAUGUGUUGCAGUAACUCAUUGGCUACAGUGAUUAAUUAA